AUGGACGAUAUUGAUAGUCCAGAUAAUGACUGUUCUAAUUUGAACAAUGAAGAAGAUGGUGAAAUGGAAGCUGUGAAUUCCCCAAUGGUUGAAGAUGAGGAUGAUGGUAUUCAAUCUCCUGAUGAAGGGAGUAAUAAUAUGGAGGAAGGGGGUGCCCCUUAUACAGUACCAGUAUAUCAUGAUAAUUCUGAGAAUGAAGCUAUGAUGGUUGAUAAUAACAGCGUUCAGUCUCCGUUGCAAUCAGAUGGAUCUGAAAUGUUACAAGACAACCCAGCUUCUCCUAAAAGUCCUGGAACACCUUUAGAACCCCAGUCUCCAGCAGAUGACAUGUUAUCACACUCUCCUAAAGACUCUGAAAUGCCUGUACAGUCACAAUUAUUGGCAAACACCAGGUCUCCACAGAACAAUCCUGACCCUCAACGUGUUUCAGAACCAGAUAGUGCUGGCAUAGAAUCAGCACAGUUUGGGUUUGGUAGUCAUGCAACACAAUCUGAAUCGAAAAUUGACAAGAAUUUUGAUACUCAGGAAUUUUAUAAGGAAAGUUCAGAUCAUAUUCCAUCUGAAAAGUUGAAUGAAAAUUCUGAAGCUGUGUGUGUAUCUCAAGGUGUUGAUGAAUUUAAGAAAAAACCUGACAAUAAUGAAGAGUGUAAUGAGGUGGAGACCAGUUGUCUAGAUGAAGACAAAAAUAUUGACACUCCAGUUGUAGAUAGAGAAGUUAGUCAGUCAAGUGAAGCCUUGCCAUCACUGUCUGAAAAAUUAGAUACAGUUAGUUCUGAUGAAGAUUCUUUUUCUUCCAUGAAAGUGGCUGAUUCCACUCAGAUUAGUUCUGAAGAGAAAACAGAGACAAUCCAAAGUAAUAUAACAUCAAGCUCUAAAGUUUCUUACGCUGAAGAAAUUGAAUCUCCUGAUGAUUCAAUAGACAAUUCCUCAACGUUUAGAAAACUAGAGUCUGGUGCAGAGCCAAUAGAAUCUGAUGAAUCAGAUAAUGAAAUAUUGAAUAUGCCUGAUCAAUCAGAUAGCUCUAAACAUGAUUCUAAUAUUACAAAAAGUGCUUUAAAUAAAAACCUGACUCAAGCUCCUGAUGCUUCAGGAUAUGAUUCUGAAGACAAUCAUUUAGAUCUUGAAGAACCUAUUGUAACUAGUGGUGUAAAGUUGAAACAUGAUUCAAGUGAUGUGACAGGUAGUGUGAAAGUGGACUCCAGUGUAAGUAAUGUAACUAUUAAUGGUGAUUAUAAACAUGACUCUGUUAAAAUAAAUAAACCAACUGCUAAUACAAGUUUUAAUGAAGAACAUUUAGAAUUAGAUUAUGAUGAGGAAGUGGAAGAUGGACAAAGAAGUGAGCAAGAAGAAGGUGAAAUGAGAAGUGAUGAUGAAGAGGUCAAUGACAAAUCAGAAGAUGGAGAAAUUAGUGAUGAUGAUGAAUGUGAAGAGGGUGAAAUUAAAGAGCCAGGAAUGAAGAAACCCUUUGUUAAACCACUCUGUAGAUUUUUUGUCAAAGGAAAUUGUACUUGGGGUGAAAAUUGCAGAUUUUUACAUCCAGGUGUCAAUGAUAAAGGUAAUUAUAGUUUAAUUGAACGACCUGGUUUUAAUGUUAUUAUGGGACCAAGAGGUUUUAAUGGUGGACCAUGGCAGCCUAAUGAUAUACCUCCAGAGCCUGAAAUCUUGCCCCCUCCCCCACCUCCUGUAGUACCUGUAGUAGAAACAGCCUGGGAAAGAGGAUUACGCCAAGCUAAAGAGAUGAAGAAAAAAGCUUCAGAAAGAAAAGAGACAGAUCAAGACUUUGAAGAAAAGAGACUGAAUUUGAAAAUGGAUGAUGUACCAGAUAGAGAGUUUAAUAAAGAAAAUGAAAGAUAUCGCUACAAGGAUCCAUAUUAUGAUGCAGGGAGUGAACCUGAUGAGUAUUAUGAUAAACCACAGGGUUUCCAACCGGGUCAAUUUGAAAAUUUUGAAGUUCGGUGGACUCGAGGACCAGAAUUAUUAGAUGUUUACAGGGAGAAAAAUGAAAGGUUUAAGGAGAAACAGUAUAUACCAUCACAUGUUGAAAGAAUGAACCAUCCUAAUAUGUCAAAAGUGAGACAAACACCACCAGAUCCUCGUGAUUCAGUACCUCCUAUACCUAAUCGUGGUAGAGCUGAUGAAUGGAGAGAUCCUUGGCAAAGGUCUAAGUCUCCAAUAAAGAAAGUUAAACCAAGGAAUUCCAGACCAAGACAUAGAAGAAGAAGAACUCACAGUGGUUCUUCAUCAAGUUCAUAUUCAUCAUCAGGUUCCAGAUCAUUUUCAUCUAAUUCAUUCAGUAGUGGCUCAUCAUAUAGUAGAUCUUCCUCCUAUUCUAGGUCAUCAGGGUCUCGGUCACAUUCUCGUAGUCCUGGUAUACCUAGAAGACCUGUAAAUAAUCGUAAUAUGCCAGGGCGUAAUAUACCUCUACGUCCAAUAGAUAGACGACCACCACCUGAUCCUGUAUAUCCACAAGACUCCAGACCUCCUGUACCACUGCGUAAUAUGGAACCAAGAAGUUCAAUAUCUGUUAAACCGUCUAGAAGUCCUGAUAGACGUAGACCUCCUGCAGGUGCUACAAUACCGCUUACUCAGAAAAAUCUACAAACGUUUGGUGACAAAAUAGAUAAUAGGGGUCGAAGUCACAGUUCUAGUGGUGGUAGUAGUAGAUCAUCAUCAUCACGUUCUGUCAGUAGUUAUACUUCCUCCACAUCUUCUCAUACAAGUAGUGGCAGUGCUGAUUCACAACAUUUAUAUCGAGAUAUUGACAGUAAAAAACAGGGCAAGGCAGACGACAAGAAAAAGAUAGCUGGAAGUAAGAAGAGCAAAAAGAAAUCAGGUGAUCCCCGAGGUGGUGUAAGAGUACCACAAUCAACAACCCGUCCAGAAGUACAAACUCGACAAGGCCCUGUCACACCUGUAAAAGCUAAAGAUCCCAUGAAACUUGUUGGUCAAAAAUCAAAUAUUAAAUUAACACUGUUAAGUAAGGGUGAUAAAGGAGGGGGAGGAGAUACUAGUCAGAGUGUUAAGAGAAGAAUGCCAGGUGAUAUAUCUACUGGUGCCCCACCAAGUAAAAAACAGGCUGUUACAACAACUAAACCUACUCCUGGUGAGAAGGUUCCCAAACCAGGAGCAGUCAAAUCUAAAUCCCCGGUCAAAGAGAAGACAACUCCUGUAGCAGCAAUUAAAGGAAGUAAAGCUCCGGCAUCUCCUGUUAAAGUACCUGGUAAACCAGCAGCACCAGCGACAGCACCACCUGCUCAAGCUAAACAGAAGAAGAGUAACUCGUCUCGUCGUGAAGAACUAUUAAAACAGUUAAAGGCUGUAGAAGAUGCUAUAGCUAGAAAGAAAUCUAAGAUGCAAUGAUGUAUAUUGGUAUUAGUUUGUAAUAUAUAGUAUAUACAGUUUUUCCUACGACACUAAGAAUUAUGUUGUGCUUGUUUUAUCACUUUGGUUCGGUCUUUAUUGUAAGAUACAUUUUAAUGGAAGCAUGAGUUUAGGUGUAAAUUUACUGUGACUGAAGUUUAUAGUUGUCAGAAAUAUUACUCUAUCUUUGAUCUGCUGUAUGAUAUAGUUCAUCUGAAUAUAGAAACAUCUAACUAUUACUGCUGCUAAUUAUCAUUGAGGGUGAAAGACCAGCCCAGAAGAGUGCUGUUAUCAUAUUCAUUGUAUUGAAUACAAGAUAGAGAUUAGAUUUUGCAUUUAUCUUAUGCUUAGAUUUAACAUUUAGAAAAGCAUUUGAAAUCUUGUAUAUCACAAAACCUGAAAUAUUGUUAUAAAACUGAGCUAUUGUUUCCACUGCAAGUCGUUCUUGGAGUUGCGAAAAUUUAAUCAUUAGAUGUAUAUUUGUCAAAUUAUUCAGGUCAGUAUGUACAAUAUAAGUAGUAAGUGUCAGAAAUUGAUUAUUAAAUUGUAGUGUGUUUAAAAUGAAAUGAUUAUCAGAUUGGGCAUUGAUUUUAUAUCUUGAAGCAUUUUGAACCCAAUAUGUAGAUCAUAUGUUUUUAAUAUUGUCGAUCAGAAUGGGAAUCAAUCAGUCUAAUACGUUAUUUUGCUAUAUUUAAUUUCUAAGACACAACAUCCUCCUCUUUAUGAAUGCGUAUCAAGGGCAGAUUUUGUCUUAAUAUUUUAUGAAAGUUUUUUAUGUGUGGAGGUCAAGGUGUGAGGUAUUUUGUAGAACUUACUCAUAAUUUCAUGAAAAUUUUUGAUAAAAUAUUGACAAGAACUUAUUUAUCAAAAGGUUGUAAAUAUUAACAUUUGUAAAAUAAUCAUGUAUCAUCUUUGUACAUUAUUAUAAAUAAUGAUUUAAAAAAAAAUAAAUCUC